ACGGGCCAGGAGAGCCGGCUGGACUUCAAGGAAGCCUCCCUGAGCGCGCAGGGCCGGCGCGCAGGCGGAGCCGGGCUCAGCAGGGAGCUCCUCGGGAACAGCUCACGGUACAGCCGCUUGGAAGAAGAGGAAACCCGGCGGAGGAGGAGGAGGAGCGGGGAGUGUCAGGGCAGGCGGGGAGGCAGGCGGAGCGCAGCUGGAGCUGACGGGGCACGAGAGGGGUGUCGGCGCAAGAGGAGGGCCAGGCCCGAGGAGGGGGCAGCCCGGUGCCGGAGGAUGCGAGGCAGGCGGAAGUGCUCCAUGCCUUCUUCGCCGGCCUGGCACAGGCGAGGGCUGCGCCGGGAGCAGCCCCGGCGCUGACAGGACAGGCUAGGGGCUGCUUAGAAAGGCUGGGCAGACCCGAGUCCAUGGGGCUGGACGGGAGGCACCCAAGGGUGGUGGCUGCUGUGAUUGCAGAGCUGCUGGCCGUCAGCAACACGGCGAUCAGGAGAGAGCCCGGACGACUGGAAAGGGGCAAACAGCGCCCAUCUUUAGGAAGGGGGAGGAGGACCCAGGGAACUACCAGCCCCACCUCCGUCCCUGGGAAAACCAGGGAGCAGAUGCGCAAGUCCAAGCACCUGGAGGAGAAGGUGGUCGGGACCAGUCAGCGGGGACUCCCGGGGCAAGGCAUGCCCGAGCACCCUGCCCGCCUGCCAUGACGAGGUGACCGGCUCUGUGCAUGCGGGGGCCGGGCAUGUGGCGCACCUUCAUUGUAGCAAGGCUUGGAUACGGCUCCUGCCUCUCGCAGGCAAGAGAAGGAAGCGCGGCUGGAUGACUGGACGGGAGGCGGUGGACAACUGGGCUCAGAGGGCAGGAGUAGUGGCUCUGCGUCUAGGCGGCAGCAGGGAGCACGUGGAGUGCCCGGGCGGCUCUGUGCAACACUCAUCGCCGGCCUGGACGAUGGCACCGGGCAGUCUGCAGCCGAGCCCAGGCUGGGGGAGCCGUACAGGCACUGGGAUUCCGGGAGACCGGGACACGCUGGAGGACUGGGGGCUCCUGCGGCCCCCGGCGCUGUCGGACAUCUCCCAGCCGGAGUCAGUGCCCGUGGGGAGCAGAGUCACCCUGAGCUGCCGCAUUUCGGGGCAUUUCCCGGCAGAGCUGAGGGUGACCUGGCUCCGGAAGGGCAAGGGACAGGCUCCAGCCAUGGCCCUGCCAGACUCUGAUGACUACAGGAUCCAACCGGGCACGGCCGUGCAGGCGCCGGAUGGGAAGAGUUUCCAGCAGGAAACAAGCCUGAUCUUCACCCCGUCGGUGCAGAGAGACCAGGGCGCCCGGUACAUCUGCCGCGUGCGGCACGUGGCCCUGGAGCAGCCCGUGGAGAAGAGCAGCGCGGAGCUGCAGGUGACAGGUCUCAUGUGGGCCCUGGAGGUGCCAGAAAUCUCCGGAAAUGUCACCUCCUUGAGGCACAAGCACGAAAGGGUUGAGCAUCAGCGCCGGGAGGAGCCCGAACCUCAACAGACGCCAAGUUCGAACUCCUUUGGGCCCCAGCAGCUCCGAGUUCAGGGACACGUGUCCCAGAUCCACACGCUGCCCAAGGGGAAUGAACCAGAGGAAGUGCUGUUUGCCAUCCGCAUAGAGCGCUACUACCCCCAGGACAUCCAUCAGAUCCAGUGGAGCUGGGACGGGGACGGCGCUGGGAGGAAACUGCCCCUGAAAACCGAAGAGAACCCAGACGGCACCUUCACGGGGACGAGUGUCUGGAUGGUGCCCAGGAGGAGCACGACCCGCCCGGGGCUGCGAGUGCGAGUGUCUGUGGUGCAAACCCCUGGAGACCCCCCGGUGGAGAGAGAGCUGUGCACAGGCGUCUUCUGAACCGCACAGGAUGCAGCGCACGAGCCCCGCACCCUGCCCACAACCAGGUACACCGGUCUCUGCCACACGCCCCCGGCCUCUCACCUCGCCUGGGCCUGCCCCGGGCACACGCUUGUCUGGACGGUUUGGUGAGGGCUGGAGCUGCUGUGAGCAGGGGCUGGACGAGAGGAGGCCUCGGGAGGUCCCUUCCCGCCCCGCUUCCCCGUGAUCCUGCCACAACCGACUCUGGGGACGGUUUUACCCAGCGCUGGGACCCACACGGACACAGGACGGGAGAGCAGGGCUGAGCGCUGCCCUCGGGACCCCGGAUUCCCCCAGCCUCUCACAGCAGCAGGGCUCACCCCACAGUCCUAACGUCACCUGGAGGAGCGUGGGGCGGGAGAGCCCGGGGGGACCAGCCUGGCGCCUCCAGCCAGGCCCGGGGUGGGGAGAGGGGCCCGGCGGGACCCCACCACGAGGGAAAUCUCGGAGCCCCAAAAUGGGGUUGGAGCUGGCAGUAUCUGCAGGGCUCACCAACCACUCGGCCGUGCGCGCCGCCCCCCCCCCCCCGCUCGCUCCUGGGUGCUGGGGCCACGGCUCUAAGGCCGGGCUGGGACCAACACCCCACUCCUUUUCCGGGACUGGGGUUCCCAGCUCCCCGGGCGGCUGCGACGCUCCCCCACACCAGCGGGAUGUGGUGAAGGCCUGGGUCACCAUGCGGGGAGUGGAGCCGGGUGCUGUGCUUGGGGGGCGCCAAACCUGCCAGGUGCUGAGCACGGGGCAGGAGUCCCCGGGGGGGCACCCAGGGCGGGGGGCACCCAGGAGCCCCUCGGCCCCUGCCACCUGCUCCCUGAGUGGCCGGGUCCCCCCUCUCUCUGCCCACCGGAGGGGCUGCACUCAGGGACGGGGCUGCCCGGCCACAGCUCGCUCCCAACCUGCUCACUGCUUUAGGGCAGAGGUGGGCAGUGAUUUUGCCUAGGGGCCACUCAACAGGUUUGGGUGCGAUGUUGAGGGCCGCACAUAUAACACCUUUCAGAAGAAACCAUUUUAAGAAAUCGUACCUAUAACAAGCAAGUCAUUUACUAAAAGUGAAACAUUUACUUAGCCUCUGCUAUGGUUCUGCUAUCACGGAUUUUCAUUUUCUUUCAAAAAAAAUUGUUUUGCCCUGA